CGUAAUUUAAUUUCAGAUUAAUCAGAAUCCAAUAUGAUUAUCAGAUACUGAAAAAUUAAUUAAAAAAAAAAAGAUAUGUGAAAAUAUUUUAGAAGAUGUUUCUCAAGCACUUCAAAGCAAAAUAUGAAAAAUUCAACUAACUCACAAUUCAUAGAAUCAAAUUCCAAACAAACAAUUAAGCUCACCAAGACGAUAACUCUGCUCAUUAAUCAGAAGAUCACUCUACGGCAGUGGCAGAAGGCACAUGGAUAUCCUUGUAUAGGCAAACGUAGGGUGCAUCACAGCCUACGUAGUUUCCAGUCCACCUCCCUCCAUCAAUGCAGCUGGCAUCCCAAACUGAAGCAUACAAAAACAUGGGCUUCUCAGGAGAUCCUCACUUUCCUUCCUCUCUGCUCUCCUCACCACCUUCCCAUCGAUCAACCAUUCAAUAAAGUCUGGACCCCACUUGAUGACAUACUCGUGAAACCCAUCAGAGCAAUCAAAACCCAGAUCGUGUAUCUGCUCCCUGCUUCCAGUUCCUGCAUCACAAUCUCAAUUUAAGUCCGUCCAAUCCAAGAGUGUAAUUCAGAUUUUCAAGGUAAUUGCAAAUCUGUAGUGUUCUAUAUGUCAAUAUCAUCUGGGGUUAUGAAACGAUUUGUGUGGUGAUGUUUGAACCUGUAGUGUAGUAAUUGGUCUGGACGAUGGUCUUGUGUUUGCCAAGGAAAAGGAACAAAAUCGAACAUGCGGCUUAUAAUCACUAAACCAAAAACUUGCAUUAUACAACCUGAACAUGCCAGUUUUCAGAAUCAUCUUCACCAAAAACCCCUAAUGUGGAAUAAUCUUCUGGAACCUCUAUGGUACCAUCAGCCAAAACAGUUGGGUAAGGACUUAGUUUAUUUGAGAUACUUGCCAUCCAAAUCAAAGAAUCAAAAUGAUUGUUCUAU